UUUCUCUUCAUCCCUGUCGGCCACGGCUGUGUGUACGCCAUGGUCCAAGUCUCCGCACACCUAAGGCACCUGUGAUGUCCGCUAUUAUUUUAUGAUCUUAGCGUUUUCCCCUUUCCUUUCCCCACCGCUUCGAAAUCUUAAUACCGUUCGACAGAAAAAAUAAAAAAGUGAAAAAAUUAAGAAAAAAAAAGGAAGAAAAUAAUAAAGCAAAAGGUGUUCUUUAGUGUCGAUGCCGCUGCAACCGACUUCUUCUUUACUCUUCUUUCUCCAGUCCCCUGGCUUUCUUUGCCGAUUAUUUUAGUUUAUUUAAUAUUAUCCCGCCAGACGGUUCCGGGUCCCAGUGGUUUCAUUUCCAUGAUUCAAUAUUUUGGACGAUAAGGGGCGCGGCAAGCCAGUGCUUGCUGCAGCAGUCAUCACGGAAAAUCUAGACCGGUUCGCGUCUUCACACCUUCCGGCGUCAUCGCCAUCGUUCCAUUCCACAGUCCCACAAGAUAACCCUGACGAUCUCCAUCUGACAGCACCGUUGAUCUCGCAUCCGACUUCGCCAGGAGCGUCGAGUCUCGCGGCUUCUGGAUCGCCUGGCCGACAGCGUCCUCCGCGGCAACCCAACUCAACUCGGUCCUCGUCCCCGGAGAACAGGAAGCCGGAGAGUUCUUACUACACCACCGCCUGGGGCUCUCCGUACGCUGUGGACAGUCCGCGGAGGCUCUCAUGGUCACAUAGCGAAUACGCUAGUUUCGAUCCUGAUUCUAGAAGCAGCUCGCCGGAUUCAACACGAAGCAAUUUCUCCCGUCGAGCUGAAACGGAUAACGAUUUCCUAAAACCCUACGUUCCCAGGAAGAGCUCUGCUCGGCACUCGCAAAGCCGUGGAACCAGUCGUUCGCCCAGGCACGACUUGGGUAGUAGAAGAGGAGGAAAGACUAUCAAAGAUUUCACAAAGGAUUGGAUCAAUCAAUUCCUCUCAGGUCAGCCAAGGACUGAGCGAAGCAACUGGUUGAGUGACGACUCUGGUAGUGACUCUCAAUCGUUCCUGGCGUCCGAAGAUUACUUCGACGAAGACCCGUCGGACGGUUGGCUUGGUCUGGAAGGAAGCAGCCGUAACGAGGAUCUUCUCAGAACACCCAAGUCAUCGGACUUCAUUGGCCGGUCAAAGAGGCCGGGUCUGGGUGAGAAGAGGGCUGGUCUUCGACGGACCAAGCACGAGAGGACGGAUACCAUCAGACAAGAAGAUAUCUGGGGAUUCGCAUACGACAGAGACUCACAGUUCUUCAAGAUGUCCGAUGUAAAUAAUGGUCGGCCUGAUGGCGAGAAGCCGCUGCCCCCGGUACCACAGGAACCUUCGGCAUCCUCCACGGGGUCAUCAAAUCCUAAAACCGAAAACCCCGCCACAGAGCCGUUACCCCCGCGGCCCAAGAAGAAAAUGCUAUGGCGUGGAAAAGCAUGUAUUAUUGCACUCCCGCGAGAUGAUAAAAGAGGGUCUGAAGCGUCUGGGUAUCGUCUCUUGACCGCUGAAGACGUAGAGCGACGCCUAAAAGAGUGGGAAGACGAAGGCUUUGACGUUCGCGGUUUCAGCGUCGGUGCCCCAGAGGAUCCUACCGCGGUAGGGGAUCUGGGCGGCUUAAGUCGCCCCCCUUAUCCCGACCCUGCUGAGUCUCAGGAAGAGUGGAAGGCCGGGAGGUACGGAGUCAGCUUCCCAAACAGAGCGGAAUGGGAUGCUUAUGUCAACUACCUCCAAGAAGAGAAGUUACGCGCCCUGGGAGUGUCCUUAGGGGACGAAGACGAACAGUUACCUUCAGUUUCACCAGUUUCAGCUGCUAUGAGCCAGGUUGCUCCUCCGUUCCCUGGCCUCGUCGCAUCACCGCCUAUUCCGACAGCGUCUGCUGGGAGUAACCCGCUCGGUGUAGCCAAUCCGUUUUCCCCUGUCUUUAGCCAGUCAGCCAACGUAAGUACUGGUAUAGCGUCUUUAGCUUCUCCGGUCUCUCAGCUGAGUGUGCAGUCACCAUUCUUUGGGGUUGAUCAGAAUGUUCUGGGAGGAUACCCCAUUCAGUUCCAACCUACACCACCAGCACAGGGCCCUCUCACCCCUCAACUGUUUAAUACGCGCCAAGGUGUCAUAUCAACGCUUCCUGGAAAUCUUCCAAACCUGACAUCAAUUUUGCCCCCGGUCUCGCCGUUGAAUAAUGGUGUAUUCCAAUCAAUUCCACCGAAGGAUUCUAUGGAUGGCCGCUUUGUCCACGACUUCCAGGGCGAGGAUUCUGACAUGCGUUCUCCGCCUCCUAAUUUUAACCAGGUCGAAAUUCAUACACCGCCGGGCAACUUCCGUGUGUCUAACGUUGAGAUUGCCCAUCCAACACCCCGUGGUCAUGAUCAUAAUCUGAGCGAGACAUUGCAGAAAGGACUAGAUGAAGCUGAGCAGCCUGAUUAUCACCUAGAGGAGUCAAUAGAGCGGCAAUUGGAUGAAGAAGAACAUAACCAUUUUGGUCGAUCUGGGCUAUCGAGCUCUCGAUGGGCUGUGUCUGGAGAUCAUCCAAUUCAGAACAACUUCCAGCAGAAUGAUCCGUCAUUUUCUUCCCACCCGUCUCACGACUAUUACAACGGAAAUUAUGGUGAGGACUAUGGUCAAGAGGGGUCUGAUUUCGAUACCAACCCCAGUCUGGCUGGGACACCUCAGAGACAACAGCAGCCUUUGCCUUGGCAUCAAGCCAAGCCAAGCGCUGGGUUGUUUGGUAGUGGACAUCAGACGCAUCAUUCCGUAACAUCAACCUUCAAUGUGGAAGCAAAGGAGUUUGCGCCCGUUUCGGUACCCUUCCAAGGGAAUGUCUUUCAGCCUUCGGGGCCUGGAAAACCUAUAUUCACGUUCAACUCCGGUCCGACAUUCGAUCCAGCAGCAGCCCCUAAGCAUGCGGCCGCUUUCAGUGAUCAGAACAAGGCGUAUCCAGGCGGAUACAAAUUUUCUACCGUCAACUUCAAUGCCGACGCUCCUGUCUUUAAUCCAAAUGCCAGUGUGAAUUCGACAGGUGCCGUUGAGGGACCUGCAAACGGCGGAAACAAGAUUUUCGCGGAUAUUGAUUGGGCUCAAAUAACGAAGCCGGCUAAAAAAUCCAAAGCGAUUCCUAUUGUGCGGCCUGAUGACAGCGAACAUGAAAGCAAGCAAAAGGAGACAGACAGAGAUAAUAAUGACAACUAUCGAUCUGCCCCCACGGAUCGUCACAAGCGCGUUCGCCGUAGUAACGAGGGGAAUGACAUGGACAAGGACGCUAAGCUUGACAGGCCUGUUCAUGCUCUCACCGAAACGAGCAAUGUUCCAGUGGCUCCAUCAUCGAAUAGUAUGCCACACUCAUCAGCUGAUGGCAAGGAGAAUAAGGCCCCCGGUGGAGAUAACAAGCGUGCAGCAGAGGGACCACCUUCGGGUGUUGAUGAGAAGCAAAUUGAGCGGAUUGGAACUCCUGCAAGCGAAGCUACGACAUGGAUAUCCGAAGGACACAAGAACGAAAAGGAGGAUGCUGCAGUUAAUGCUGCAGCUGCGGAUUCAUCUGGGCAACCCGGAGAGCAGAGUGAAAAUCCCGAAUCGGCUGCUACGAACAAAGAUGAACCGUCCAAGCCAGCUACUCAGGAAUCCAAAGACGCAGCAAAGAGCUCUUCUGUAUUAUCACCAUCGGCAAGGCCGUUCGAAUUUAAGCCUGCCGUGCCAGAAUUUAUCCCUCCAGCGGCAGAGCCACCAAGUGUAACCGCCGAAGCGAGCGUUCACGAGCAAAUCCCAACCUCUAUCAAGGAUGAACCCGAGGUGGAGACGAAAGUUCCUACGUCACCUACUGUCGCUCCCCCGUCGGACGACAAUACAGUGGAGGAAUCACUUGAUGAGAGAGAGCUUAACGCGAUUAUGGACCAGUUAAAUGGAGACUCUGAUAUUGGUGUUGAGAGGCAGGAGAGCCCUAGUUUCAUGGAUAAUGUAGCGGAAUCCAUUGAAAGUCGUUCAGCAGGUCAAUACCUUGUCCCGGACAACCGAAGCAAUGCUCCCAGUCCGAGUCCAAGGCGUUUGCAGGAUCCUCGUAUGGUGACAAUACCUAAGUUUGGAUCAUACUUUGAUCCUCGGGCCCCGAUCAGUUUGUCUCCUCAGAGAACUCUCGCUAAUGGAAUUCAUUCUUCCGUGCAACAUCUAAUCAAUGAGAACGAUCACAUAAGCGACUGGGGAGAUAUGAUCUCUUCCAGCGAAGAUGAGAAAUUUGCGGUCAAGAGCCAGUUCUUCGGCCGUCGUGUCAAUGAUCUUGACGGAGGAGCCCUAGAAGAGCGGUUGAUUUCCCUUGAACGCACCCUUGGCAUUAUUCAGCAGUCAAUGGCGUCCAUGAUUUCCAAGUCUGCGAACCGAAGGGCUUACAGGGGAUUUUCUCCUGAUUUCGACAGCAGCGAUGCCGACGCUGACGAUGAGGAUGAAGGUGAGGAAGGAGACAGUACAUUCCCCAGGACAAGGGCGACAUUCGAUAAAAGAGAUCGAAGGUUCGAUAAGUUGAGGAGUAUAGUGAUGGAAGCAAUGGCGACUUACGCGCCUCGCGAGGAAGCAGAACUUGCACAGCUCCGUGAAAGUAUCUCCGGGUUGAAGGAGCUAACCCUGCAUAAGUUGGCACAGGAUCCUACCGCUAAUCUUAAAGAAAUUAUGCAAGAGGUUGUUGCCAAUCAACUGGAUCUUCGAAAAUCCGAGGCGGAGGAAGUCGGUGCUGAAAGCCUUAUGCUUCAAAUAGACGGCCUGAAGACGAUGUUGAGGCUCGCAGAUGAGCGAGCCGAUGAGGAAUACAACCGGCGCAGGGAGUCCCAGGAGGUCGUGGCUGAGUUGAAGAGACUUCUGAAGCUUGCCGAAGAAGAGGCUACUCGCCACAGUGAAGCUGCCGAAGCCGCCGAGACUCGGCUACUUCAAUUCAAGGAAGAAAAGAUCCCUUACUUUGAAAAGCUUCAAUUUCAGGCCGACUCGCUUACCAAUGAGCGUGAGACGCUCCAGCUUACCUUGGCUGAACUUUCGUCCAAGAACAUCGUUCUUGAGGGUACCUUGGACGAGUACCGGGUUUCAAGUGAGAACUACAAGCGGGAAAGUGAGACCAUGAAGCAGCAAAAUAAGGAUCUCCUCAAGACUAUCGAGCACUUGAAGACACGGAUUGAUGAUAGCCUGAAUGGUAGACAGAACUUACGCGAGAAGUUUGAUCGUCUCCAGAACGACAUGGCUACUGUUGUUCGCGACGUAGCUCGGGACCAAGCGGCAUGGAGAAAGCGAGAAGAAGAGCAAAUUGCUCGUUACGACGGACUGCGCGCUACAUAUGAGAGAGAGGUGAGGCUACGUGAGAAGCUGGAGUAUGAUGUCAACGAACUUGAGAAGCAGGAGAGGGAAGCAACCAAACUGAAGUUCAUCUUCGGGCAAUCCCAGCAAGAGAAUGAAAGGUUGGAGGAGCUAGUCACAAACCUGCGGCUCGAGAAUCAUGAAUUGGAAAUUAAAGCGGCUCGCUUUGAACGCGAGUUCAACGAGGCCCGGGAGAGCAGCCGCAUGGAGAUCCAACGCACCCGGACUUCAUUCGAAUCCGACCUCGAGGCCGCCAAUAGCCAAGUCAACAUCAUCCGUGCUGAGCUGGAAGCCGAGAUCGCCCGUCUCCAGGCCCAGUUGGAUAAUGUCAAGUUGGAUGCCGAUACCUCACGGGAACGGUACGAAAUGCUGCUAGAGGAAGCCAACGAGUCCAAGGCCAAUGAUCUCGCUGCUGCUGCCGAGACCAGGACUAUUGAGCUUAGGGAACAGAGCAAGCUACACGAACGUGUCCUGAGAGAUCUGCAGGAAGAACAUGCACGCGCAAUGCGCAAUGUUACUGAAGACCACCAGCGGUCAGAGACCCUCUUGGCGGAACGGUUGGCAUUAUCGGACGAGAAAGUUGUGCAUCUUCAGGACCGCAUCCAUCACCUUGAAGAUAAGCUCGAGAUUGCGAACACCGCGGCUCGUGCAGCUGCGCAAGCAGCUCAAGAAGCCAAAGCGGGAAUUGCUUCCAGCUCUCCGGUUCCGGAGUCGACUUCUCCAUCCAUGCCAUACAGAAAGAACUCCAUGGUUCCCGACAAGAUCUCUCCUCAGGCCUUACGUGAGUCGAUUCUCGUACUUCAGGACCAACUGCAACAUCGUGAAACCCGUAUAGAGGAGCUCGAGCAGGAGCUCGCUGCUGUUGACAAGGAGGCGCCAAACAAGCUCAGGGAGAAGGACACGGAAAUUACGUGGUUACGUGAGCUCCUUGGCGUUCGUAUUGAUGACCUGCAGGAUAUCAUCAACACUAUUUCGAAGCCGUCAUUUGACCCGAACGCCGUGCGUGACGCUGCUAUUCGUUUGAAGGCCAAUCUGCAGAUGCAGCAGCAAGAGAAGGAACGAUCAUUGUUUGGUGGUCCAAGCUUACCAUCGAUCUCGUCUAUCGCUAGUCUGACGGCGUCGCCACGUUCUCUGCCACUAGCUGCAGCCGCAGCUUGGGGUAACUGGCGGAAAGCCAGAGAGAAAACGGACUCGAAUCAAUCUGAUCAGACGCCAUCCAAGCCCAGUAGCACAGCGAGUGCUUUCCUCUCGGGGCUACUCACUCCCCCAGGGUCCAAUAUCCGACAGCUGUCCAGAACCAAGAAUAACGGUAAUGAUGAUGCAACAGCACCCGGGUCAUCGACAACGGAAUUACAGCUGCCGUAUUCGGAAGGUCGACGUCCACUUAAAGCGUAUGCGCCGACACCGAUGAGACCACUGUCAUCUUUGCAUGCUCGUCAGACAAACAAUUCUAUUGAUGAGAGUAACGGCUCCCCUUCAGCACUGGAGCCACCGACCACCCCUCCCCUGCUUCGGAAGUCGAGCUAUGAUCACGAUGCAGAUCCUACGAGCUACGACGAUGGAAUCUUUGGAGAGGACUCACUGACUGGCUGUCAAGGUGGAAAGACGGUGUUUGAUGAUGAAUUAACAGCCAUGUCCCCUAAGGGGACAGUGGAUGAUGAUGGCCCUGGUCAUCGAGAAUCUGAACCGUUUGAACCACGGGCUUCUUAGUUGUCCCUAUUUCCUUUGCACUUUUUCCUUCCUCCAUUUUUUUUUCUUUUGCUUUGACUGAUAUUAUUUUGCAAGAUACCUCCGAGAUUUUAAAUCCCGUGGUGAAUCGGGAUAAGUUGAGAUUCUAUAUAUCGAGUUCAUUGAGUUAUUGAUUGUUGAUGGAUUGGCUGUUUAUAUUCCACUUUGUGUUCAUCACUUUAUUUUACCUACAUAUAUUUCUUUGAUCAAUACAUCAGUGAUACCACCUACUUUGACUGCAUGCAUUGAAUUUUUUUUCCCCCUUUUUUUUCUUGAAACAUACAUGUCUCGAACAGAGCGUGUAUGUGGACUGUACAAUUUCUUCUUUCUAUUAUUACAUUAUUUGACAUUUAAUUUAUCUAGUGAGUUCUUCUGUCUAAUGCUUUUAUGAUUGAUCUAUAGAUUGAGCUUUUCCUUCGUCCUGAAUAAUAAUGGACAGCAGCAGGACAAUGACAAAUUGAAGAACCACCAGUACAGUAUUACUCUGUAGCUGGUUACAAAUUCUACAUGUUAUUAUUCU